GAUCACAAGAGCCGAAGAUGUCGGCUCGGUCAUGUGAUCAGCUGUGUCCAAUCACAGCUGAUCACAAGGCACUGAUGAUCAGUGUGGCCCCAGAAGUGCCACCUGUCAGUGCUCAUCAGUGCCAGUGCCACAUCAAUGCCACAUAUUAGUGCAUACCAGUACACAUCAAUGACACAUAUCAGUGCCCAUCUGAGCUGCCUUUCAAUGUCACCCAUCAGUGCCAGUCAGUGCCACCUAUCAGUGCUGCCAAUCAGUGUCGCCUAUCAGUGCCAGUCAGUGCCGCCUAACAGUGCCAGUCAGUGCUGCCUAACAGUGCCGCCUAUCAGU